AGGCCCCUUGUUUCACCUGCCACCCACCGCGCGUACAACCACGCGCUGAAUCGCUUUUCGAUGCUAUUUUUGUCGAUAUAACAAACCUCUGUUCAUCUCCUUCAUCAAUCCAUCAAAAUUCUUAUCUUUUCAAUCAAUCCUUCAAUGCCUAGUAGUAUAUAAAUUAAUCGGAAUUCAAAUUCCUUUUUUCCUUUUCCUUUAAAUUUCAGAUUUUUUUUUUCUCCAGAUAUUCGAUUGUCGGAGCUUCGAUCACGUGCUGGUGAGGUCUGAGCUGGCCAGAAUAGAUUGGAACACAUACUCAGACACAAAAGACGUACAACAAUGAGGUGUAUGGUUCCUUCGCUGAUAGAUUUAUGUGUUCAGACAGCUGUAGAUAAUGUUAGAUACCUUGGCGAUGUUGGUGAAACAGAUAUUCAUCUACUAGAGCGCAUUUUGCCUCACUGUACUCUUGAACAAUUAAUACAUGUGGAGAAUUCCACAGAAGGAAGAGAUCUCAGUCAAGUGACUAAUAGACUUUGGAAGAGGUUUUACCAGAUUGAGUUUGGUGAGAAGAGCAUCAAUCAGGUGGUUGAGAGAAUGAAGCAAAGGAAAGUUACAUUUAAAUGGAAACAAUUGUAUGAGGCAAAGACAAAGGAAGUCGAGGAAACUCAGCAAAGGUCAUUCGAAAGAAUCAAGGAAUUGUAUCAAAAGGAAGAUGCGAAACGACAGAGCCGACAAGUUCGAGUCUGCACAAAGGUUCCACCUUCUAGCAAUAAAAGAAGCUUUUACGGUAGUGGACCUGGUAGCAGUUUUGGCAACACAAAGAGUUCCUUGAUGAAGAAGGCAAAAAUAGAGUUUGUUAACAGUCGAGAAGUAAAGAAUUUGGCUGCUAUGAAGAAUAAGGGUGUGCAAAGAACUCAUAGCCAAGUUUCUUCCAUAAAACCAGGUCGUUUUUCCAAAAUGGAGUCGUGCUCAAGAUCAAAAUUUACUAGCCGGUAAGAGAGAUUCUAGACUGGCAUUCUAUGUAUCAAAGUUGGCUGUUGAAAGAAAAUGUUGAGUACUAUGUUCUGCAACAUGAAAGCGCAAUUCUGUAAUUUUCACAAAUCGCUUGGCGUGCUUAAUAUAUCAUAAUACUUUACAUUAUUCUAAAUCCAUGAUUCUCCAAAUAGUGUUUUUGGAUUUGUUGUAAAAUGGGAUAUGGGAAGUCUGAUGGCUCGCAUUAAUUUGUAGUAGUUACGGCUCCUUUUUUUUUCCA